CCAUUAGAGGGAAAAGUUGCGGCGCGGCGAGCCCGGCGAAGUCCUCCGCCCGCCCCCUGGCCCACUCCCCACUUCCCGAGCCGGCGCGGCGUGGAGGGAGGGCAGUGAUCACGCAAGCUCGAGCAGCGGCUGACGUGGGCCGAGCUGCCAGGUAGCGGAACGCAGGCAGCGAGGCGGCGGACACACUCCCCAGCGUCGCAAGCCCGGGUCUGGACUCCCAGGCUCCCCGAACCCCAGCCAGCUGGCUUUAGCCUUUGAGAAUUGCACCCCCUUCUCCCCAAAGCCAGUCCUCGCCGAGCGAGCAGCAGGAUGUUUGCAGAGUCGCGCCCGGGGCUCUGAGACACAGCCUCCUGACACGUUUGCAUUCCUUUCUUUUAGGGCUUUUUGGCGGUCGGCUAUACUGAUGUGACCCCUCUCCCUUUUUUUGGAACGAUGGGGAUCUUUUUGGCGUAUGUCGGAUUUGUUUUCUUCUCCGUUUUAUAUGUACAGCAAGGGCUUUCUUCUCAAGCAAAAUUUACCGAGUUUCCGCGGAACGUGACCGCGACCGAGGGGCAGAAUGUGGAAAUGUCCUGUGCGUUCCAGAGCGGCUCCGCCUCAGUGUACCUGGAGAUUCAGUGGUGGUUCUUGCGGGGGCCCGAGGACCUGGAGCCUGGGGCCGAGGUGGCCGGUGCACAGGUGGAGCUCGUGCCCGAUCGAGACCCGGACAACGACGGGACCAAGAUCAGUACAGUGAAAGUGCAAGGCAACGACAUCUCUCACAAGCUGCAGAUUUCCAAAGUGAGGAAGAAGGACGAAGGCUUGUACGAGUGCAGGGUCACCGACGCCAAUUACGGAGAGCUUCAAGAACACAAGGCUCAGGCCUACCUGAAAGUCAACGCCAACGGCCACGCUCGGAGGAUGCAGGCCUUCGAAGCCUCCCCCAUGUGGCUGCAGGAUGUGAAGCCUCGGAAGAAUGUCUCCGUGGCCGUCCCCAGCAGCAUCCACAGCUCUGCCAACCAGCGGAUGCGCGCCACCUCCAGCCCUCAAGCGGUAGCCAAAAUCCCCAAACAAAGUCCGCAAUCAGGUGCGAGGAUAGCUACAAGCCAUGGACUUUCUGUCCUGCUUCUUGUUUGUGGCUUUGUGAAGGGUGCUUUGCUUUAAUCUAAAGUGCUGACUUUUUUCCAAUAUCACUUUCUCUUCUUAAAGCAAAGAGCAAAUCGCCUGUAAAAUCUACGGAGCGGACAGCAAACUUGACCCUAAACUCCAAGCACCACUCUGCACCCACUGUACUCUAGUUACCUACCCAACGAGCGCCUGCUUCCGGAAGCAUAAACGAAGAGGCUGUCACACGCUUUGUUCAUAACAUUUUCUUGGGCAAAUCACUGGUCUUUCCUUUCAAGAGAAUUAGUGUGAAGUGCUAGGACAUUUUCUAACAGCAAGACCUAUUGUUUUCCUUUUCUUUCGGCUACUUAAAGCACCAUCUCACUGACUGCUCAGGGGUUGGCCUGACCGUCAUGGGGAUAGUAAAUAUUUACUACGGAUACUGGAUACCGUGGAUUUCCUACUAAAAGACCCAUUAUCUGCAGGAAGAAAACAGAGCUCAAAAGGCUAUGGAACAGAAACUAUCAUCAAAGGAAGCCCUGGUUUGGGGGCGAGAACAAGAUUAUCAACACUGCAAGGCAACGAGGAGAACAUUGUUUUAAAUAAGAAAUAAAAGAAAGAAUUUUUUUAAUUUUCCUUUUUUUUUUUUUUUUUGCUUGGAUUUUUCUUCUUUUUCUUGAUUCUAGCUCUUAUUCAAUGGUGGCAAAUGCUGAUUAUGGCCAAUCCCUGUCAAUCCUGGGAGGUUUAUAUAAAUACAUUUUGAAUGUUCUAUAUUUCAAUGUAUUUUAAUUCAUUUUGCAAUUCCUGUAUAUGCAAAUGAAACAUUCUGUAAAUUGCUUAUAGUAUGUGUGAUAUAACUUCAAAGUAGGUAGACUAUGACCCUCAUGCAAGCUGGUUUUUUUAUCAUUAUAUAUAUAAAUAUAUACAUAUGAAUAUCUAUUUGUUGGGCCACCAAUCUUUUUUUGACAAAACAUUUGUUUCUGACUUAUGAUUCACAUAUUGUGUGAAAUUUGUAAUGCAUCGUUUUACUUCCACAGGUAUGACAGCUGCAGAUGGUCUCUGUUGGCCUCUGCUUCCUUCUGGAAAAUGCAUAUUCAAAAUUGUAUCCGUCUCUGAUAAAUGAAUUAAUUUUGCUGUGUGUAUGCUGUGUUGGAAUUUGCUAUGUUCCUUUAUAUAUGGUGUUUAUUGAGGUUUGAGGGUCUCUUGACUCUGAAGAACGUACAGUCUCUGGUUUUGACAGUUAUCCCCAUAUUAUAAUCAUUAUUUUGUCAAAAAGCUAUGUUGCUCCUAGAAAACUUGCCUUGGAGGUGAACGUGGGGAAGAUGAAAUGGUGACCAAGAUUCCCUAAAUCCAUGAAAGAAUACUUCUUGCUGUGGCUAAAAGUGUGCUUCCUUUGACCUUUAUGAAUUUCUGUAGCUUUGUCAUUCUGCUAUUUGCUCCUAAUUAUAUUUUAAUGUCUCCUGAUUAAAAAUUCAAAUUUGGUUGUUGGCUAAAUAUAGUAUGCAAAAGAUGACUGCAAAUCUCUGAUUGAAGAGGAUAACGUGUUCAGUUUUCACUAGUUAAGUAAAUUAUAAUUUUAAACAUUCCCUUCUUAUUUUUGGCUGUAUGACAAUUCAGACUAUUUUAUGUAGAACCUAUUUUCUACUCUGGCAAAGAAUGCUAGGCAGAAUUAUUCAUGUGGUCCAUAUACUCUAUGGAAUAGAUACGGGUUGAGAUAGAAAUGACCUAAGUUUCCCUUCCAGAGAGAUUCUUCCAUUUUCUUUCAUAACAAAACCAGAAGAUCAUCUCUGUAGGACCAUCAGCUCCCAGCCUAAGGUCCUGAACUGAAGCUUGAAGGCAAUGAAUACCUCUGCUUUUCAAAGGUAAAUACGUUGGUUUGCUGCAAUUCAGUUAUAAGCAGUGUGCAUAUUUUCAUAAUAUUCUUGACGUUAGCUUGAGAAUUAAUGUUUCAUGCUAAACCUUUUAUUGACAUUUUUCUUGUUCAUUUGGUUUAUGAUUUCAGUCUAAUGAGAACAAUAAAUAAAGGAUUUGAUUGCACUAUUUUAUUAACCUA